AUGAACUCAUCGAGGGGGCUGCUCGCCCUGCUGUGCUUCCUGCUCGUGGAUCAGCCUUCCGGUCGCAUCAUCCGCCUUGGGGGAACUUUGCCGCUGAGCCGCUUGAGUGCUGUCGAACGAGCAUCCUUGCAGGGCUUGCAGCUCUUGGCCGCCAGACUGAACCAGUCCACGCCCUUCAGCGGGCAGCACAGCCUCCCGCUCAAGCUCCGUGUUCAAGUCGAGGACGAUCUGGGCGACUCUGACAAGGCAGCCGAGAUUUAUGCCCGCAUGCUGCAGAACCAGGAGGUGGACUACCUCUUCGCCUUGCACGGCUCGGAAAUGUUCAAGGUUGCAGUGGAUGCCGGCGACUCGGCUGGCGUCCUGACCCUCCUCAGUGGUGGCCCGUACCUACUGGGCUCGGCCAUUGGGCCUCAGCUGCACAGCCCGUGGACCUUCUCCGCAGAUGUCCAGGUUCAAGACCUGAUGGGAGGAGUCCUCGAUCUUGUUCAACAGCAAGAGCCCCCUGCCAGCUCCGUGGCGCUUGUGUGGGAUGCGGGCAGCUCUUUUGACAAGCAGAUGUGCGCCGGGGCAAGCUCCCACGCACAGCGUUUGGGUAUGGAAGUCUUGGACAACAUGAGCUUUGCAGAGCAGGCCAUCAUGCCGCAGAUGCGGCAGCUGAAGGCCGCAGAUCCGGACUUGCUGAUCGCCUGUGGCAACUUGCGCAGCGCGGAACAGAUCCUCGCUUCUGCCAGUACGUUGGGCUUUAUUCCGCGCGGAAUCGCGCUCACGGCGAUGUCUACCAGGGAAGCGGUGCGCUCCAUUGGGGCGCACCUGGCGAACUACGUGUUGAGUCCCCUGGCCUGGGAACCUUCUUCACAAAGCUGCCCAGUCUUUGGCUCGGCCUUCGCCUUUGCAGACGCCUAUCGUGCAAAGUUCAGAGAGGAGCCACUGCCAGACAGCGCUGCGGCAGCAGCAGGUGGCAUUGCACUCUUGGCCGCCAUCCAGGCUGCCGGCAGCCUCGAGCAAACUGCUGUGCGGGAGGCGCUGCUGACGCGAGAGCAGCAGACCUGUUACGGACGGCUGGCCUUCAACGAAGCAGGUCUUAGACGCAACCCUGUGACCCUGGUCCAGCAGGUUCAGCCGCUGGACGAGGACCAACCGAAGAUGGAUCGAUGGACCAGCGCACAGAUAGUGACGGCCAGUCAGGAGACACUGCUCGGCUGGCCAUUGCCCAGCUGGGUGCAGAAGGAGAUCGACGUGUACCCCUGCAUCCCCGGCCAGGCCGUUGUUCUGGACAUUGGUGGUAAUGCAACAACAUGCACGAAGUGUCCCGCCGGACGGUACCGUACACCUCGAUCUGUGGAAUGUGAAGACUGUCAACCGGGAACGUAUGGCAUGCAGUCUGGCAUGAGCCAGUGCGACGUUUGUCCGUCGGGGGCUGCAUGCCGCAAUUCUGAGGUGGUUGCCAAGCCCGGCUUCUAUCAGCUUCCAACAGCUUCCUUGCAAGAGGGCACCUUCGUGCCGUGCUACCCGCAGCACCUCUGCACUGGGAACAACCAAUGUACAGAGGCUCAUCAAGGCAUCUUGUGCCAGGGCUGUGAGUUCGGAUUCUCAAAGCCGCUCUGGGGGCUGAAGCGUGAGGUAUGUACCAAGUGCCCAAGCCAACGAGUCACAGUUGGAAGCAUCGCGCUGACGAUCAGCGUGUAUGUGUUGUAUAUCUGGCUGAUCGUGAAGGGCACGAAGUCAGCAUCACAGUCCAUGCGCGCUCUGCCCUCCGUGAUCCUCAAGAUUGGCGUGAACUACAUCCAGUUCGCGGGCACCGCGUUCGAGGCCACCAACUUCAAAGCCAUGGUGUCGACCAUCUGCGGGGAAGGCUCUGCCACGUGGAUCUUCCCCAUUGUCGCUCUGCCAGAAAGGCUGCAGUAUCCUCUGACCACUCUGAUCAGUUUGGAUUGUAUUCUGCCGCUGGAAAGCAGUGUGCGACCCUAUCAGGUCGAGAUUCUGGUGGGCUUAACUCUCAUGCCGGCAGCAUUCUUCAUCAUGACCUUCUUCGCGUUUGUACGGAAGGACUGCAUCGGUAAAAGGCUGGUGCCGUGGCUCCGGCGUCGACGAGCACGCUACAAGGAAAGGAAGAGAAAGCGUGAGGCAGAGCUCGGCGUCAUCGUGGAAGCUGACCAGGAGGAGGAGGAGGAUCCCGAGCCGUGUGGGACCGAGACUGUCCAUGAACGACAUCCGUUCGUCCACCUCGCCCGUGUCACCCACCCCGCCUGCAUCUCGCAGAGGCAGCGAGGGGCCGGAUGUGAGCACGACGAACUGACAGAGCUCACAUUCACAUAUGAGCACAUGUUCCUCGUUGCCUACUGUAGUAUCCUAGCGAGUCUAGUGAGGGUGCACCGCCUGCCAUGGUUCCCCUGGCUGCGCCUCUGCGACCGCACCUGCAGCGAUGUAAAGCUGUUGCGGCACGUGAUGGGCAUGUCCCUCUCGAUGCAGGCCACGGAGGUCGUCGCUCGGGUUUCAGAAAUGGCGGCCGCAGCUUUGAGAAAGCUAUGUGCUGAGAUAAGAGCUGGCAAGGUUGGGCGGAUGGAUUCGAUGUCAGAGCUGGAACUCUUUCAGUCGCCAGUCGCCGAGACGCUUGGAAUCCGGACACUGCAGAGUACGCUUCCUGGUCAGCUACUGGGCUUCUACCCAGGAAUCGUGAUGGAGGCCUCCGAGCCCAAUCUUCCGAAGAGCGACAAGCUGUUCGCCAAUGAGUACGACGGAAUGUAUCUGGACGGCAAAGGCUGGUUACCUCUACAGUGGCGUGAUCAUUCCCUUCUGGAAGGUCAGUCACGCGCCAUCUGGCACGCGAAUCGCUUGGCUGUGGGGAAUCUCCUGAACCAUCCUCCGGCGGACACGCUGCCAAACUGUGUCCCGAUGGCAUUUCGAUGGCCGACCUGGUCAGAGCUCGGCGAAGAGAACCCUGCUCUCUGGGCGCGGCUUCUCCCGCACGUCUUCAUGCGGCAAGGACGAGUGGUGCAAACAGCAAGUGGCAGGAAAGACUCCCAGGAGGGAGCGGAGUUCCCUCCGUGGCCCUACAUGGGCAUGGCCUUCAUCGCGGUGUUGGAGAUGCGAGCCGGCGAAGACUACCCGCUCACCCCGAUGCCGGGGCCCAGGAUCUACGGAAAACUUGCAGUCGGCCUAUGGCAUGGCUUCUCCAGCCUCUCAUGGCACAGAGGAGGCAACGAUGCGUGUGGCACCGUCCAUCGGCCGGUGAUGGGAAGCGACGAACAGUGGCAGCUUCUGCCGGAGUUGGAAUACACGGAUGCUGUGGACUCGUGGAACGUCCGCGCAAGCCCAGAGCUGGACGCCUAUGUGCUUUGCGCGUUGCAGCAUGGCCAGCCCUUCAGCGUGCUCGAAGAGCACGAGGACUGGGUCCAUGUACGCACCGAGAAUGGUGUGAAGGGCUGGAGCUACAAGAAGUUUGGGGACCGUCAAGUUCUGGUUCCUGUCAGCCACAUCGCUCCAGUCCAUGCGCAGCCAGACCUCAGCCUCGUGUCCGGGAAAGUCUCUGGGGACCUUUCGGAGCUGAUGUCGGAGCUUGGCGAGCGGCGCCGCUCCCUCUCCGAAGCGCCGCCCACGGAGCUGGUCCGUGCAGCCCAUGGCGUGCAGAAGACCAUGGCCAAGCUGGAGCUCUACGGCAUCGAGCAGGAGAUCUUCUGGGAGAAACUUCUUGCGGCCGAGAGCCAGGAGGACUUGGCGGCCAUCCAGAAGGCUGUCGAGGACUUCUCUGUUGAGCUGUGCCGGUCUUCUUCCUACAAGCACUCGGAGUUUCAGAAUCCAGAGAAAGACAGCUGCUGGCUGUCGACUUUCUUCCAAAGCUUAUGGCAUUCCCGAGUCUUCCAUGCCCUGUUCGACAGCCUGGUGCGCCCCCUGCCAUCGCAGGGUGCAGGAGCGGUUUCCGAUGCGCUGCGAGAAACCUGGGAGCUGUACGAGCAAAUGGCAGCGAGUGGCAGACCAGUGCCAAUCCAGUUCCUGGUCAAUGCAUGGGGCAGCGGCUAUGGCGACUGCGCGGAGGCUUUUGCGAAGCUGCAGGAGGAUCCGUGCUUGAAGCCCCUGGCGGAGCUGAUUGCAUCGGUUCCGGUGCACUUCAGCGGCGCAGUCUUCACAGCUUCCGAGCUCUGGAAGGAGGUCGAGGAGAUGGGCGUCGAGGACGCACCUUUGUUGGCGCUCGACUUGGUGCUGCCCUCCAUGAACAGCGGUUCGAUCCUCAACUUGGUCCUGGCCAUGGUGCCGCGCGGCAAAGCACGCGAAGAGCACGUGGCAGACCUGGGAGACAGCCACAACUUGGUUGCCAUGAUUUGCUACAUCGAGGCUGUUGCCCACUACGUCGUUUUCUGCCGGCGUCAGUCUGAUGACAACUGCUGGCUAUUCUUCAAUGACUUGCCAGGCGUUGCCCGUGGCAUUCGCAAAGAGUUCUUUGGCUGGGUUGCUAUCGCUCACGAGUGCGCUCGCUUUGAGCUGAGACCGAAAGUUCUCCUGUAUGAGAGCGCCAAGAAGGCGGAGGAGACGAUGAAGUCAGGGAGCCCAACCUUGCGAGCCUCAAUCCAGGCCGCAGCGGCCGCCAAGCUGCAUCGAACCCCGCGCGGCCUCUGGAGUCUAGGGGUCUGUAUCCUUGUGGUGGUCAUUGCCCUGUUGGUGCACCAGCUGCGCGAGAUUCAGGGGAUCAUGCGCGACUCCGUCGGUGGUGACAGGCUGCGGGAUGGCGCAACCAAGGUGGUGAACUCAGUGGCCACACGCUUCGUCAACUCGGUGAUCGUCAUGAGCUUUAUCCUCCAUCCGGUGGUGGUGAGGAUUUUGGUCGUUGGCUUCGAGUGCGAGGAACUCGAUGUCCUGCGCCACAGGCACGACCUCGGGGUAGAGUGCAAGUCGGACAGCCACAUGCAAUGGCUGGGUUUGAGUACAGUGGGGCUUGUCGUCUAUGGAAUCGGCGUGCCGGUUGCACUCUUCAUCGCCUUGUUCCGAGUUCGAAAGCGGCUUUUCCGUGCGGAAGUUCGAAAGCGAUUCGGCUUCCUGUACAACGGCUUUGAGCUGAGAUACUAUUACUUCGAGUCUGUGUAUAUGUUCAGAAAGGUGAUGAUCCUGCUGUUCUUUACUGCUCCGACGAUGUACGUUCGGAUGGUUCUCAUGCUCUUCACCUCCUUCGGCUUCAUCCUGCUGCACGUGUACUCCGGGCCCUUUGACAAUCGCAGCUACGUCUGCCUCGACCGGCUUGAGGCCUUGAACCUCCUGGCCUUGACGGCAACAGUGUCGGCGCGCCUUAUCUUCGACAUCCGGCAGGAGCUUUCCGGCGAGUUCUUCGAGGAGUUCGUGCAUCAUUGGACCAUGGACAUUCUCCUAGUGAGAACCUUUGCCGCCUAUGUUGGACCAGGCUGGCUGAUGAGCUUGGCUUACCUGGAUCCUGGCAACCUGGAGAGCGACCUGCAGAGUGGCGCCUUCACGGGCCACAGCCUUCUCUGGGUCUUGCUGCUUUGCACAGUGGCCGGCCUGAUCUUGCAAAUUCUGGCAGCUCGACUGGCUGUUGUGACAGGACGCGACCUCGCCCAGACCUGUCGGCUGGGAUACCCACUUCCGCUGUCCCGGCUGCUGUGGGUCAUGACGGAGCUGGCCAUCAUCGGUGCCGACAUACAAGAGGUGGUCGGCACAGGCAUUGCCUUGCAGGUGCUGUUUGGAUGGCCCCUUUGGGUUGGCUCUUUGGCUACUGGUGUCGACACGUUCACUUUCCUUUUGAUCCACUACCUCGGGAAGCGCUUCCUGGAGGUCUUCAUCUUAGUGCUGAUCUCCCUGCUACUUGUCUGCUACUUGGUGAACUUCUUCUUCAUGCCCCCAUCUCCUGCGGAGUUCUUCCAUGGUUUUCUCUUCAAAUGCAGUGACUAUGCCGUGCUGCAGCUGGUGGGGACCGUGGGUGCCGUGAUCAUGCCGCACAACUUGUACCUGCAUAGUGGCAUCUGCAAGCAACGCACUGCGGACAGGAAGGAUGUGGAGCAUGUCCGACAGGCCAACAAAUACACGGCAGUUGACUCCAGCAUAGCGCUCUUAAUUUCUUUCCUGAUCAACGCGGCCCUUGUGUCCACGUUUGCCACCGGCUUCUUCAGCGAAGACUGCGCGCAGGCCGACGACGGGCCGCUGGCCUGUAUGCCCAGCACGGGCUAUGGCGACAGCUGCUCGGGAGGCGACUGCAGUGCCUGCAGGACGAAGGCAGGCAGCGCGGGCUUUUGUGGGGAGAUCGGCUUGGCCGAGGCAGGGAAUUCCCUGCGCCGGGUGUUUGGCGGCAACGGCGAAGUGGGCCGCACCAUGUUUGCACUGGGCCUUCUGGCUGCGGGACAGGCUUCCACGAUGACGGGGACCAUGGCUGGCCAGUAUGUGAUGGAGGGCUUUCUCGAUUGGCGCAUUCCCAUCUGGCUACGAACCCUCAUCACACGGCUUAUCUCUUUGGGGCCGGCCGUCGCCGUGGCGGUGCUGACCAGCUCCUCCCCAAACUUGAACAAUCGUGUGGACCAGUGGAUCAAUGUCCUGCAAUCCGUCCAGCUUCCCUUCGCGCUUUUGCCGGUGCUUCACUUCAACUCCGACCAGUCUUUGAUGGGAGAGUUUGUGCUCGCAUGUAGGUAUCAGGUGCUUUGCUGGUUGUUGGCUGUUGUGGUUAUCUCGGUCAAUGUCUACCUUGUGGCGCAAUUCAUGCAGGGAGGAAGCCUUCUGAUGCAGGGAUUAAUGCUGCUUUUCUUUAUCGUCUAUGGCGCCCUCAUCACGUUUACCAUUUCAGCCGAUCUGAAGCGCGCCUAUCGCUUCCUGGCCGGGCCCUUGUUGGCCCACGGGGCCUUCAUUUGGUUUGCCCUGUGGUCUCUGUUCAGGAACACGGUUCUCAAGCAUCUCCUCCUCAAAGCCGACAUCUGGCCCGAGAAGAUGUCUAGGUGCCAGAGAUGUUUGCUUGGCCUUGAAAUCCACAAGCAGAAGGCAGCUUUUGACGAAGACGAGCGCGGCUUGUGGAUUGACACCAGCUCCCUGAGCAAGCAGGAAAGACACUACAUGUUCGUUGCGAUGUGUGAUACGCUACAUCGGUACAUGAACAGCAGCCAGCGCGUCCAUCCUGGCGACGUCACUGCUGCGGUUCAAGAAGCCCUGGUUCGGUGCCGCAGGGCGCGCAGGAAGCGCGCCGUGCGCUUGGAGCAGCUGGACAGGGAGUUCCGCGAGCAGCGGCAGCAUGGUCGUCGUGGUUGUUUGUCUCGAUUGGUUCGCUGGCAGCGGGUUAUGAAUGUCUCGCUUUACGGUGACCGCCAGAAUGAGAUGGAGCAAGAGCCAGGCUGCCUUGAGACCCUCCUGAAUUGGGCUGUGGCUGAUCCUGGUCGUCGCGUGCGUGGCCUGCCUCAGAAGGCCCUGCACAUGGAGAUGGAGCAGACCCAUGAGUUUCUCGCGGAGGAGUUCUACGAUGCGCUCCUCCCAGUGUGGCAGGAGAUCACAGAGGGCCGGGGUCCACAGGUGUAUCCACGCCAAGAGGAGCAACGUAGGGUGACAUGCGUGUCGCAGUUGAUGCCUCAAAGGCAGGCUCCAGAUGCCUCAGAAGACAGCAGCAACAAAGAUGGGGAGAAGGACGAGGUGGCCGGGUCCAUGGGCAGCUUGCAUGGGAGCACCAUGCGCUUGGAAGCCCUGCUGGGCCGAACGCAGCCUUCGCAGACAGACCGCGCUGAAUCCGGUGGGCUGGAGAGGUUCCUUUGCCGCGCCCGUUCAGGUUGCAGGAUCGAGCUUCCGGAUCUCCUCCGAGCCCAUGACGAGCUGAUGGCGGAGAACUUGCAUCUCCAGAAGGAGAACGAGGCCCUUCGCACCCGGCUGACGUCCCCGCAGCACGUGUCCCCGGGGACCCGUUCAGGAUAUGCCAGCCCCAAGUCGCAUCGGACGGAGGCUGGUUUGAGCUGA